CGCCCGCCCCGCGACCCGCCCGGGCUGAUUGGCGUGUGGCAGCACCAGGGCUGCCUCCGCCCUCCCGCGGCUCCCACAACUUUUGCGGCUGAGAGCGCGCUCGCACCCCGCUCCGCUCGCCGCCGCCCUCGGCCCGGCGCCCGGCAUGUGAGCGCGGGCGGCCGCCGCCACCAUGGCCACGCCGCGCGCCCCGCGGUGGCCGCCACCGUCGCUGCUGCUGCUGCUGCUGCUACCGCUGCUGCUGCUGCCGCCCGCUGCCCCCGGGGCGCGGGGCUCCCUUCCCUCCCCGGCCCAUCGAACACUCCUCCCGGUCGCGGGACCGCUUUCGCCGCCUGGCGCCGGACAUACGGCCCCCGGACCCGGCGUCGCGACCCGGCGGGGACGUUCCGGCCGUGUCCCCAGAGGCGUGAGCGCGGCCGCUGCAAGGAACCGUUGGCUGGAAAGUAACAACCCCGAACCCCAUAUAGGAUGCAGUCCCUCUUAUCAGAGUCAAGAGGACCAUUCAGGUUCCAGAAAGGGAGUGACAGCUCAGAAUGCUAGAAUGAGCCACAGUUCCUCAGAAGGCCCAGAAAACCCCCCUCUCCUCCCUGAGACAAGUGCUGAGUGGAGCAACAUGGCUUCCUCCCACAGAGCGGACAUCGCUGGUCUGCGCCGUGGACCCUCCCCUGAGAUCACCACGGCGCCAACUGCCCACAGCAGCUUGUUGUCCUUGGAGAGCCUUCCUGAGUCACCCAGCAGUUCCAGGUCACAAAGAAGAAUCACACCUUCUCAAACAGAGAGUGGGACAUCCCUAGGCUUCCUGGAGAGGACGAGGGAGCUCCCAGAAGAAGGGACUGUGCACACGCAAGUGGCUGGCACCUGGGUGUCCCGCCAAGCCUCCCACCCUGCUCUGGAACCUGGGGAGCCAACUGUGCUCUCCCAGAAGAGAAAUUCAUCCGGCCAGGAACACUCCGGGCCACCAUUCUCCUGGAGUCAGAGUCACCCUCCUCCCUCAGACCACCCAUCGUCUUCUGGAAGUAUUAAGAAUGGUAAUAAUUUCACCGCUCUCCAAAACCCAUCAGUCACCCAGACAAAGAGCAUGCUUAUCACUGACACAUACACUAAUGGCGUCCCAAGAACUCUGCGGUCUCUGCCCGUUGGUGUGGACCCUGCAGAUGAGACAGAGGGUUUCCCUGAGCACUCCAGACUUGGUAUAACUUCAAUGUCAGUCCGCUCUUCACCCUCUGUGAAGGACUCAAGGACAAACAGUGGACUAACUGAGCAUCUGGGAGAUGGAGAAGGCACUGAGCUGUCUACAGAAAAUGGAUAUGGACUUCCAUCUAUACACUGGCAAAGUGAUGCCCCCUCCUUCGGAGGACGUCAGCUUGCCAGCAGCUCAGAAGCGGGCGAUGGAAGGGCCAUGCCUCUGACUGAGGCUGUGUUUAGAUCAGACCCCUCCAUUGGUGGUGGAGAGAGCACCGGACGAUGGAUCCUCACCAAGAAGAAAACAUCUACAGAUGCGGCAGAAAGCUCAGCUUUGCAUCCAGAAGCUGGGGGUGCUGGGGGCUUGACUCAGUCCUCACACGCUGCACAACAGCCCCGAGGUGGCGGCGAAGACUCAGGGAUGGGUGGGAGGAGUUACGCAGAGUCUUCAUCUUCUUCUUCAUCUACAUCUUCUUCCGAAAGUCUGGAUUCCUCAGCACCUCUCAGAGAGCAUUCUCCUCCGGAAGAUGGUGCAAUGCUGAGUGACAGCUCUGAUCUGGCAGACAGCACUUCGGGGGCUCGCACACCUCACACGUCUGCAAUGUCCACCCGGAGCGGGGAGCGCACGCUGCGGUCCCUUGACCUCUCGAGUGCAGCAACCCGCCCUGCGCGCCCCACUCCACGAGGGAACGUGACAGAGCACGCUGGCCUGCUGUCCGGGGCACCAACUCUCGGAGUCACCGGACUUAGCUACACUCGAGAACAUGGCUCAGACGCUGGGCAGAGGACUUCCAGUGACCACACAGACCACGGCUAUGUUCCGUCUACUUUCACCAAAGGAGAACGGACGCUACUGUCUAUUACAGAUAACACCUCCUACUCAGAGGCCAGCGAGAGCUCAACCUCUUCCGUUAAGAUCUCAGACUCUCCUUCUCAGGCUCAGCCUAAACAGAGUAGCAUGUCCUCCGACGAUGACGAGCCUGCUCAGUCUUCCACAGAGUCACCGGUUCUGCAUACGUCCAACCUGCCAACCUACACGUCCACUGUUAAUAUGCCAAACACCUUGGUUCUUGAUACCGGUACCAAACCUGUUGAGGACCCAUCUGAUUCACGGGUGCCUUCCACUCAACCCUCACCGUCACAACCCCAGCCAUUCUCAUCAGCCUUACCAUCAACCAGGUCUCCUGGGUCUACCUCUGAGACAACCACAUCCUCACCAUCACCUUCACCCAUCUCCUUACUGGUGUCAACUCUUGCCCCAUAUUCUGUCUCACAAACAACCUUCCCACAUCCAUCUUCUACCCUAGUCCCUCACAGGCCAAGGGAGCCACGUGUGACUUCAGUCCAAAUGUCGACGGCAAUAUCAGCCAUUGCAUUGAUCCCCAGCAAUCAAACAGCAAACCCCAAGAACCAGAGUACCCCACAACAAGAGAAACCCAUCACAGAAGCUAAGUCACCAAGCUUGGUGUCUCCGCCCACAGACUCUACCAAAGCAGUAACAGUGAGCCUUCCUCCAGGGGCCCCUUGGUCCCCAGCCUUAACAGGGUUCUCCACGGGGCCAGCCCUUCCAGCCACAAGCACCAGUUUAGCCCAGAUGUCUCCAGCUUUGACAUCUGCCAUGCCCCAGACGACUCACUCUCCUGUGACCAGUCCCAGUACUCUGUCACAUGUAGAAGCUUUGACUUCAGGUGCUGUAGUUGUGCACACUACCCCGAAGAAACCACAUCUCCCAACCAAUCCUGAAAUCCUAGUGCCACACAUCUCAACUGAGGGGGCCAUCACCACAGAAGGGAACCGGGAGCAUACGGAUCCUACCACUCAGCCAAUCCCUCUGACCACUUCAACCACGUCAGCAGGAGAAAGGACCACAGAGCUGGGCCGUGCGGAAGAGUCCAGUCCAUCCCAUUUUCUUACACCAUCUUCACCUCAAACCACAGAUGUUUCUACAGCUGAAAUGUUGACUUCCAGAUAUAUCACCUUUGCUGCUCAGAGCACCUCACAGUCACCAACAGCCUUGCCACCUCUAACCCCAGUCAACAGCUGUACCGUGAACCCUUGUCUUCAUGAUGGCAAAUGCAUUGUGGACCUCACUGGCCGUGGGUAUCGAUGUGUGUGCCCGCCUGCCUGGCAGGGGGAGAACUGCAGUGUGGAUGUGAACGAAUGUCUCUCCAGCCCCUGUCCUCCCCUAGCCACGUGCAACAAUACUCAGGGAUCGUUCACCUGCAGAUGCCCAGUCGGGUAUCAGUUGGAGAAAGGAAUAUGCAAUCUGGUUAGAACCUUUGUGACCGAGUUUAAGUUAAAGAAGACUUUUCUCAAUACUACUGCAGAAAACCAUUCCAACACUCAAGAGCUUGAAAACGAGAUCGCUCAAACACUAAACGUGUGUUUUUCAACAUUGCCCGGUUAUAUCCGAACUACAGCCCAUGUGUCUAGGGAGCCCAGUACAGUUUUCAUCUCACUGAAAACCACCUUUGCCCUGGCCUCCAAUGUGACACUGUUUGACCUGGCAGACAGGAUCCAGAAAUAUGUCAACUCCUGCAGGUCCUCUGCUGAAGUCUGCCAGCUCUUGGGGUCUCAGAGGCGGGUCUUUCGAGCGGGCAGCUUGUGUAAGCGGAAGAGUCCAGAAUGUGACAAAGAGACCUCCAUCUGCACCGACCUGGAUGGUGUCGCGCUCUGUCAGUGCAAGUCUGGCUACUUCCAGUUCAACAAGAUGGAUCACUCUUGCCGAGCAUGUGAAGAUGGAUAUAGGCUUGAAAAUGAAACCUGUAUGAGUUGCCCAUUUGGCCUCGGUGGACUCAACUGUGGAAACCCCUAUCAGCUCAUCACUGUGGUGAUCGCAGCCGCAGGAGGUGGCCUCUUGCUCAUCCUGGGCGUGGCACUCAUUGUUACCUGUUGCAGAAAGAGUAAAAAUGACAUAAGUAAACUCAUCUUCAAAAGUGGGGACUUCCAAAUGUCCCCAUACACCGAUGUCCCCAAGAAUCCUCGCUCGCAAGAGUGGGGCCGAGAAGCCAUUGAAAUGCACGAGAACGGAAGCACCAAAAACCUCCUGCAGAUGACAGACGUGUACUACUCGCCCACAAACGUAAGGAACCCUGAACUUGAACGCAACGGACUGUACCCAGCCUACACUGGACUGCCCGGAUCGAGACACUCUUGCAUCUUCCCGGGACAGUAUAACCCAUCUUUCAUCAGCGACGAGAGCAGGAGGAGAGACUACUUCUGAGUCCAGGAGACAGAGGGAGGCCCCCGUUUCUCUGAGCCACUUCCCCGGACAUCUGGCUCAGAGCACUACACCCCCAAAAGGGAGCACCAUGCACUAGCUGCUCCUGGGACUCCGCAGAGCCACGCUUGAGGGGCGUGGCCACAGUGGAAGGGAAAGACGGAGGCGGAACUGCAGGCCACUCGUUCAGCACUGUUGUUACUGUGAACAUGGUCGUGGGCCAGUACCGAGUCUCAGAAUGCCUGACACAACACGUAGAACGUAGAACGGGAUGCCUUCCAUAACUGACCACUAGGCUUCAUUUCCAGGACCCAGUUUCCCUUUAAUUUGCACUUUAAUAGAUUGGGCUGGGACACUUCCACACUGUGUCGUAGAGGCCUAGCAGGCGCUGCAGUCGGGUGCAAAGUAUUUUAAGGUUUCUAGGUUGUCCGUGCUCAUUUCCAAGCCAAUGCCAUAAAUGAGACCUUGACAUUUGCAAGGCUCAACACAAAGCUUUUUUAUGUCAAAGUGACACAUUUGCUUACAAUGUAUUAGUUUUACUUUCCCAAGCAAGUAUGAAUCGGGGCAAAACAACAUUCCUUUGAAUUUCUUUAGAAGCAUCCAGGUGUCCCUUAAUGUGUCCCAGCAGGGCAGUAUCAGUCAGGACCUACAUGUGGUGAGGUGUUUUUGACCCAUGGGGGAAUUGCAUGGGGCCUGAGGCUCUAACCAUCAAUGUGGAGCCAGAGUCUGCAGGGUGUAGUUGAAAAAGGAGAGGCAGUUGCAGGUGUGUCUGAGCUGGUGUCUCACCUCCAGAGGGAAAGCAGCCAGCUGUAGGCCCCACAAUUGGGCAGAGGAAUGAACGAGUAAACUGAUACAUUCCCCGAACUCCAGUGCAGAAGUUGGGGAGCUAGGAGGAAGCCACCGGCAAGGAUGCAUGCCUGCCAAUCUUCCAAACCAUAAUGUUGCCCACCAACUCAACAGAAACUUUUAACCACUUAAAACUACUUAUUCACUGAGGAGAGAACUUAUUUACUCUCACCCAGCCAUUGAUGCAUGUGUGUUCUUGUGCAGUGUCACCUCAAGACUCCGCUGUGACCCGAGUCAGCUUUGGAGAACUAAAGGCCAGCUAAGGGUCUGAGGGCUUGCUUUGGGGGAAGGACGUUCUGUGUUUUGCUUAUUGUAUUGUGAGAUCCUGGGCAGUGGGAGGACUGUGUGGUGUUUGGUCCCCGGUGGAACUAUCAUCUUGUGAGAUGUCCUGGGUUUGGAUGAGGUGAAGAGGUCAAAGCAUUAUCCCCACCCAGAUGAUGGGGACUCCACAGCAUAUAUUUCUGGAAAUGGGACAGCUGUUAGAAAUGGUUCUGUAUGUGUUUCUUUGAUGUUCUCUGAUUCCUCUAAAAUUUAUGAAGGUCCCCAUCUUUUAAGUGUGCCCUAUGCCCCAUGGUCUGGUGACAUGUGUCACCGAUGGACUGUCACCACUCACUCUUACCUCCUACAGCAGGACCGUUUAGUCAGGUACAGAGGAUUUUAACCAUGUUACAUUCAUAGUACAGAGAGGAUUCUGUUGCUCUUGGUUGAUGCUAACAAAGUUGCAAAGCAUCGCCAUCUAGAAGCCAUGGGUCUUGUUUGUGUCUCUGUGUGGAACCAAUGGUUCCUUGUGUCAUUGUGAGCCCCUGUGCUCUGCUUGCCUGAGCCCAGAUCCCUUUCGAGGUAGCCAGGUUCUAGCCCUUCUGGCAGUAUUCCUGCUUGUUCCAGGCCUCAUUGCUAUGGGAAGAGCCAGUGUGGUGGCUGUUCCCAGACACUUCUAAUGUCUUCAGCUGGCAGCACAGCUGGUGAACACCUGUGUAGGGGGCAAACUCCCAGGUGGUGAACACCUGUGAAGGGGGCAGACUCCCAGCUGGUGAGUCAAGAGUACAGGGCCAGGAGCCUCAAGCCCCACAGAAUGAAGUACUCUGUUCCUGGGAAGAAUUCCAACAUCCAGAAAAGUGUCCUGUGAGUUCCAAAAUUGCUUGUUGACUCACAAGUUUGGCCCAAAUAGAACGGAGUGAAAGUUUUCAUUUUGUUCUUUUAUUACUGUGAAAAACACCAGGAGAGCCCCCAAACAAGGGUGCAUUCACAGUGGGUCUACCAUUUGUAGGUAGGGGAGAAGCUUUCGGUAGAAAGGCCUCUGCCCACCAUUGGGAUGAAGGGGGUGUGGGUGCUCUCCUACUUGGGGUUACAUCCAGAAGGAGCCCCAAGAGGACACCAGCAACCCAUGAGCAGAACAGACAGGCUGAGCCCAUGCCUGGACACGCAGAGUCUUUGCUAGACAGAAGUGCUCAGAAUGGAUAAUUUGUGUGCAUAAAAGUGUCACAGUCCUGAAUUGGGCUCCCAUGACAAGGGAAGUAGGCAGAAGGGAAAAGCCACACUGCCUAGGAGAUAAUGAAAUGGAGAAGAUCCAGGCCAGGUAGAACUUGUUUAUCCUGGGGGCAUCAGGAACAGGGUUAAAAAGGAGGGUCUUCCUAGUUCCAGCCUGAGCUCUCUAAAACUCCAAGGUUUUUUGGUUUUGUUGUUUUUUUUUUUUUUGUUGUUUGUUUUCUUUUUUUCACUUCAUGAGCCAGCUCAUGACUACUGGGGCCUAUUUCUUAGGAGGAGAAAUAGCAUCAUGUGUUCCCACCAUGGGCCUGGCUCUAUGCAUGUAAGGUAGGUAUCUGGCCUUACAGCAUGUGGGUUAGCCAGUGCUGAGCACUCAGAGGAGAAGCAUGGGAAUGUAGUUUCUGUGGCAAACUGCCUGCUUAGCAUGUAUAACGCCCUGGGGUUUAGCCUCGGAACCACAUAAGCAGGGCAGAGUGGUACACUCUUAGAACCCCAGCCCUCAGAAGGUUGAGGCAGGAGGAUCAGGAGUUCAAGGCCUUCCUGAAGAACAGGACACCCUGUCUUAAAAAAAGGGAAAUACUGGCAGGUUUGUGGUUGGCAAGAGGCAUAUUGGUACGUGGCUUGGGCCCUCAGAAGUGAAAGGGGGUGGUCUAGGUGGGUUUUUGACAUGAACAGCCAGGCUGAGGCAACCCUGUGAGGGCUGCCUGCCUUAUUCUCAGACUCCCACGUAGUAGAAGUGUGAACCUAUGUGGGCUGGGGGUGGAGUUGAGUGUCUGAGGUGCUGAGUGAUCUUCUUAACUGGGGAGGUUGCUUCUAGAAGCGUCUUAAGUCAUGUUGAACCAGAACUACUGUACGGUUAGAGCAGUCAAGCUGCCUGGUGGUAUUUGAGGUCAAAGACUGAGCUGACUAUUAGACUAUUGUGGUCUAAAAGAGGAAGUCGUAAAAGACAGCCCGUAGAGGAGAGCAGUGUUGUUGGAAAGAGACUGGAGGAAAGUCUACCAAGAUGCUGUCUAUUCAGGUGUGAAGUUCCAGAGUGGGCACGGUAGCAUCACCCCGGUGUGUGGCCUUUGGGUGCCUCCUUAAGCCACUUUGCCUAGUAGUGACCUGUAUGGGUCUCUAUAACUAUGGGGCUUUGCCCAAAGCAGUAAAGCUGUACAGCCAAGUUGCUCUUGGCUUAGUGUUUCAUAACACACUCAAAACUAGGGGCUUUACCCAUAUUUCUAAAUUUAUGUUCAUUUUUCUUUUGAGACCAAAGCAAUUCUUUGGGUAGAAGGACAAUACAAGGUUUUGCAUUUUGAUAUUUUAUUUAAAACAGUCCAUUACAGCAGAUAGAAAUGUUUAUUUCCCUGAAAGCUCUUUUUCUUCUUCUGCUUCUAUGGGAGGGUAGAGUCAGGAGUGGACCCCAGGGCCUUGCGCAUACCAGACAAGUGCCGCCCUGUGGAUCUGCACACCCCCAGCCCUCUCAUAUCUUCUUGACAGUAUCAGUUCAAGGUUCUAGUCUUGUUCCAGCAUGUUUGGUUACGGAAAUGGUUCUGUAGCUUGCCUUUGGGAAUAUGUGUUCUUUUCUUUUCUUUUCUUUUCUUUUUUUCUUUUCUCUUCUUUUCUUUUCCUUUCUCAAAUCCCCAAAGAAGAAAACACAAUAGGAACAUUGAAGUUAAAAUAAUCACUUUAAACUCUUUUUAAAAUAACAGGUUAAGAUAAUAGGAACAUUAAAGUAUUGAAUGUCAAUCAAUUCAUUGUACUUUGGUGUCUCCACAAGGUCACACCCCUUUAUGUCUGUUGCAAACUUUAGCCUGCACAGUAGCCUGUGAAACCAAAGGGGGACCAUUUAGGUCUGAAAGGAGGCAGGUCCUGGCCUGCCUCUGUCACAUGGGCAUCUUCAAAGAAAACAUUUUUCCAGUGGGGCUGCCUGGUAGAUUCUGCUAUAUAAUUUUAAAUGAUGGGCUCAAUAUCCUUGUUCUGAAUUGUUGAGGAAUGUGUGUUCCUCAACAGGGUAAAAAAUAGUGAUGGGGCGGAGCCAGUUUGUCAGGGGAACUGAACCGACUCCCUUAACUCUGGGCAUUACCUAGGCCUGCUCUACAGAGAAAAGGACAGUUUGCCAUGAGUUGCUGUGAUGCAUGUGUGUUGCUGGUGUUACAGGUAAACGGGGAUGAGGCUGCAGUACAAACUCCGUUCUGUUUGUCCUGGAUCUUGUUCUGUAUACCUUUAAUGCUGACACCCAGGUUGACUGUGUGAGACCCAUCAUGAGAAUGUUAUUUAAAGUUGUAUUAUAAUGUCACCUCCAAUAAUUAUUCAGUACUGUAGUAGCAAUGUGUUAUUUGUAAGAAUUUGGUUAUUUUUUAUACUUAUAUCCACUCUAAGUCUGGCGUUCUAGUCAGCAAACAAUGAUACAAUAAAAUUAGUAAGAUUCCCAUUGGCUUUCUCUUACAACAAGCAAA